CUUCAUCCUGUGUAAAUAAUUGUAAUUUAAAUAAUUUAAAUUAAACACACAAAUCCACGCAAAACUAAUAACAUAAAAAAUUGAGAGCAUUUCGCGCGUGAUUAUCAAGUCAUUAAGUGCAUGUUUUGUGUAUAUUUUCAUCAUUAAAACGUCGUGUAAAUUAAUAUCAUCCUAAUUAUAAUUCAAUACAACUGCAAAUCUAUAAUAAAAUGAAAUCUCAACAAAUUUCGAUUGAUCUGUAAAAAAAUAUUGUUCAACUGAUUCUCAUUGGUAAUUAUUGAAUGCAUGUAAAAAAAUUUAUUUGUUUGGUUUGACUGUGUAAAGUAUUAUUCAUAAUUUGUGUUAAAUAGUGUAAAUUUAUGUAUAAAAAACAAAGCCAAACAAAACGAAACAUGCAAAUCAUUUUUUUGAGUGGAUGAAAAUAAUCAAAGAGAAUUAAUCUCUUGAAUCGCUGUAAAGUAAUACUUAAUAUUAAGGAAGUGCAAAGUGUGGUUUCUAUGCAUGUGAAAAUAACAACGCAACUCACAUUCAAUUACAACAAAUGAAAAGUUGUGAAUAAAACCAAUAAAUCAAGUGAAAACAAAACCGAUUUAAUUUGAUCAUCACCACUGUGCAGUCGACGUGUUUAUAAUUUUAAACUGUAAUUGUAACGUAACCGCGACGUAAGCAGCAACGUAAACAUCAACGUAGCCCGCGUCAGUUACUUUUAAACUGUUCUCGUCCGUGUCGAGUUUUGUUUAUUUUUUUUGUGUCCGCGCCAUUCCGAAAUACAUUUUUGCAAUACGCACCAAUUAAUCAGCUUGAGUAGCACAAAGCCGCCAAAAUUGAGCUGUUAAGCGCGCCCACGAUUUCGAUAUCGACGGUAGCGCCACCAACGUCGCCAUCGCCGCAGCUUCAUCUGCAGCAACAACAGCAGCAGCAUCCUCAGGCUUCGUAUCCUCAGCAACAUUUCGGACCACCGCCGCUGCCGCCACCGCACUCACCAUACUUUCAACAUUUGCAACAACAGCAGCAGCAACAACAACAACAGCAACAACAGUUACAACACAUGAAGUUUCUGGGUGGUAAUGAUGAUCGCAAUGGACGCGGCGGCGUCGGCGUUGGUAGCGACGCCAUUGUUGUAGGCGGCGGGACUCGUUCUGGCAACAAUGUUGUCGCCUCUUCGCAGGAUGUGGAUGCAGCAAGUGCUGCGGCAGCCGCUGCUGCUGUCGGCUACGUUUUCCAGCAGCGUCCAUCACCAGGCGUUAGUGGUGUUGGUGUCGGUCCUGUUGGCUCAACGCUCCAUGAUGCCGCUGCCGCUGAGUACGCAGCACACUUCGCCCAAAAGCAGCAGCAAACGCGUUGGGCUUGCGCCGACGAGCACGGCAUGGAUAAUCCGGAUAAAUGGAAAUAUAAUCCGCCAAUGAAUCCAGCAAACGCUGCACCCGGCGCACCACCCGGUAAUGGCAGCAAUGGUGGACCCGGUGCAAUUGGCACCAUAGGCAUGGGUGCUGGAAACGGUCUCGGCGGCAUGGGAAAUGUUGGAGCAAGCGGCGGCACCAAUGGAGGGCUGCAUCAUCCAUCGAUGGCAGCUGCUGCUGCCAAUAUGGCUGCUAUGCAGCAGGCGGCCGCUGUGGCCAAGCAUAAUCACAUGAUGUCGCAGGCAGCCGCUGCCGUUGCUGCCCAGCAGCAUCCUCAGCAACAGAAUAACCAGGGACCGCCUCAACAUCUCAUGGGCGGUGGCAGUGGGUUGGGAAAUGGGAAUGGCCUUGGCGGGCUGAGCCAGCCGCAUCCCAGUCAACAGCAGCAACAGCAACAACAACAACAGCAGCAACAGCAACAUCCAAGUCAGCAGCAAGCACAGCAGCAACAGCAACAAGGUCAGGGCCAGACACAUCCCGGCCAGCAUCAAUACAACUCGAACCUGCUUAGCCAUGUCAUGAACAACCAAGUGGCUGCCGCUGUUGCCGCUGGUGCUGCUUUGGGCCACAUGCCGCCGUAUGCACAGUCUCCGGCGACUAACAGUAUGUACGAUCAUCAUGCGGGUGCACUGCAUCCAGGAAUGAAUGGAGGCAUGCCAAAGCCACCACCACCAUUAGGACCACCCGGUGGACCACAGGACUUCGUCUACAUGGGUGGACAACCGCAUGCCGCAGCUGCUGCUGCUGCAGCCGCUGCGAUGGGAGCAGCUCUAAUGCCGCCACAGAAUCAAUAUAUGAACAACUCGGCAGCAGCAGCUGCUGCUGCCAACCGGAAUGCAGCGAUUACUACAUCGACAGCCAAGAAGUUGUGGGAGAAAUCCGAUGGCAAAAGCGGCGGAACUUCGAGCACACCGGGUGGCACAUUGUAUCCCAUGCAAAUACCCGGCGUUGGGGAUCAUUCGUCUGUGUGGAAGGAUCACACUUGGUCGACCCAAGGUGAAAAUAUUCUGGCACCACCCAGGCCAAGAGUUUAUCCACACGGCGGUGCCUCUGAUACUUCGAACAGCGGCAAUGCGGGCAUUCUAAGUCCUCGGGAUUCCACAUGCGUUAAGAUGGUUGAAUAUGUUCUGGGCGGUUCGCCAACCAAUAAGGAGAGUCCUUUGUCUGGCUUGGAGCCGCGUCUGCGUAACUUAAAGUUUGACGAUAAUGAUAAGUCACACGAUGAUAAGGAAAAGGCAAAUUCUCCGUUUGACACAAACGGCUUAAAGAAGGACGACCAGGUCACAAAUACAAACGGCGUUGUUGUCAAUGGCAUUGACGAUGACAAGGGAUUCAAUCGAACUCCUGGAUCCCGUCAACCCUCGCCCGCUGAAGAGACUCUGCCACGCCCUCCCACAUUAUUGGAUCCAACCCAGCAUGGCGGAUUCCCCCAAAUGCCACACUUCAAUCACAUGCUCAUGGAACAUGGUCAGGGUCAUGGCAUGGGAGCUGCAAAUUCACUCGGCGGUGUCGGUGGCAACAACUCAGGCGGCGGAGCUGCUGCCUAUGCUCAUCAGCAGAUGGCAGCCCAGAUGAGUCAAUUGCAACAGCCAAUGAUGAAUGGAGUUGGUGCUGGAAUGCCAAUGGCAGCACAAUCACCCAUGUUGAAUCAUCAGGCCACACCUGGACCCAAUCAUAUGGAAUCACCGGGCAAUCUCUUGCAGCAACAGCAGCAAAAUUUUGAUGUACAGGUAAGUGACGAUGUGCUUUCGCUUGCUUUGAGUCAGAAUCAACAACUUUUUCGCUCACAGAAUCCGGGCUUAGCGGCUGCGGCUGCUGCAGCCACAUCGGCAGCAAGUGCAGCGGCCGCGGCCGGCGCUGCACCACCAGGCGCCCCCAAUGGCACAAUGCAGUCCUCGCAGCAGCAGCAGCAACAGCAGCAGCAGCAACAACAACAGAUGCAAAUGGCGGCCGCAUCGCAACAGUUUCUGGCCGCACAGGCUCAACAGAAUGCAGCAUAUGCGGCACAGCAGGCGGCACCGUAUGUUAUCAAUCCGGGACAGGAGGCGACACCGUAUCUGAGCAUGAUUGCUGCCGCUCAAAUGCCGCAGUAUUAUGGCGUUGCGCCGUGGGGCAUGUACCCGGGCAAUCUGAUACCACAGCAGGGCACACAGCCCCGUCGCCCCCUUACACCUUCGCAACAGGGCGCCGAGAAUCAACCGUAUCAGGUCAUACCGGCUUUCUUCGAUCAGAGUGGUUCGCUUGUGAUGGGACCACGAACCGGCACGCCCAUGCGUUUGGUUAGUCCCGCCCCCGUACUGGCGGUGCCACCAGGUGCCGCACGUGCCGGCCCGCCGCCGCCACAAGGCCCCCAACUGUAUCCACCACAGCCGCAGACGGCUCAACAGAAUCUCUACUCACAGCAGAACGGUUCCAGUGUCGGAGGUCUCGCUUUGAACACAAACUCAUUAACUGGUCGUCGUGACUCGUUCGAUCGCACCACAUCCGCCUUUAGCCCCUCGGCCAUGGACUACACCAGCAGCAGCGUUGCCGCAGCAGCCAAUGCAGUUCAGAGCAGCGUUGCCCAGGCUGCAGCCGCCGCAGCAGCCGCUGCGCGUGUCAAGUGGCCAGCAGCCAUGUCGAAUGCCAGCGCAUAUGGAGCGUUGGGUGCAGGCGGAGUCAAUGCCUCGGCCAGUCCUUUGGGCGCACCUCUGACGCCGCCACCGUCGGCACAGUCCUGCCUCAUGGGCGGCAAUCGGGCGCCGGGCGCUGAGUCGCGUCAACGCCAACAGAUGGCAGCCGUGGGUCUGCCGGCGACAGCUGCUGCGGCACAGGCUGCCGUUGCAGCAGCAGCCAACAACAUGUUUGGCUCGAACAGUUCGCUCUUCUCGAAUCAUCUGGCCUUGCCGGGCACCACACCCGCUGCAGUUGCCGCUGCCGUCGCCAACUCGCGUCAGGUGGUUGCUGCUGCUGCGGUCGCGGCUGCCGCUGCGGGUGCUGCGGCUGGCGCUGGAGCAGGAGCUGGAGCUGGGGCACCACAGCCGGGCAGGUCACGACUGUUGGAGGACUUUAGGAAUCAGCGUUAUCCGAACUUGCAGCUGCGCGAUCUGACCAAUCACAUUGUGGAGUUCUCACAGGAUCAGCACGGCUCUCGGUUCAUUCAGCAGAAGCUGGAGCGAGCAACGUCCGCCGAGAAGCAGAUGGUGUUCAAUGAGAUUCUUGGCGCCGCCUACAGCCUGAUGACCGAUGUCUUUGGCAACUACGUCAUACAGAAGUUCUUUGAGUUCGGCACCCCAGAGCAAAAGAACACCCUUGGCAUGCAGGUGAAGGGACACGUCCUGCAGCUGGCGCUACAAAUGUACGGCUGCCGUGUGAUCCAGAAGGCGCUGGAGAGCAUCUCGCCGGAACAGCAGCAGGAGAUUGUCCAUGAACUGGACGGACAUGUGCUGAAGUGCGUCAAGGACCAGAAUGGCAAUCAUGUGGUCCAGAAGUGCAUAGAGUGUGUGGAUCCCGUUGCCCUGCAGUUUGUGAUCAAUGCAUUCAAGGGUCAGGUCUACUCGUUGAGCACACAUCCCUACGGUUGUCGGGUGAUCCAGCGCAUUCUCGAGCACUGCACUGCCGAGCAGACAACGCCCAUUCUAGACGAGCUCCAUGAGCACACAGAGCAGCUCAUCCAGGACCAAUAUGGCAACUAUGUCAUACAACAUGUGCUAGAGCACGGCAAGCAAGAGGACAAGUCCAUUCUGAUCAACAGUGUGCGUGGCAAAGUGCUGGUGCUAUCGCAGCACAAGUUUGCCUCUAAUGUGGUGGAGAAGUGUGUUACACAUGCCACACGUGGCGAACGCACCGGCCUCAUCGAUGAGGUCUGCACAUUCAACGACAAUGCCUUGCACGUGAUGAUGAAGGAUCAGUAUGCCAACUAUGUGGUGCAGAAGAUGAUUGACGUCUCGGAGCCGACACAGCUGAAAAAAUUGAUGACCAAGAUUCGACCCCACAUGGCCGCUCUGCGCAAGUACACCUACGGCAAGCAUAUCAACGCCAAACUGGAGAAGUACUACAUGAAGAUUACCAACCCGAUAAGUGCCGGAUCGGCUAGUGGAGGUGCCGCAGGUGCCGGUGCUGGUGCUGGAGCUGCUAAUGGCACCACUGUCAGCGGCGCCAGCACAGCGACCACAGCAGUUGCCACCAGCAGCAGUGCUGUCGGGGUGACAUCCACCUCUGUCGCAUCGACCUCAGUGGUGGGCAGCGUCGCAACAACAAUAACAACAACCACAACCGGUGCUGCAUCGCCCACCAUUUGUGCAGUGCAGGAGAACGGCAACGUCAUGAUGGCCGAACCAACGUCACCAGCCACCUCGGAGUCGUCUGUCUCGGUGGUGGCCUCUGUGAACAAUGGCUUGGGUCCCAUUGGACCCCCAACAACAGCCAAUGGUGUGCUGUAAAUUGAUUAUCGAAUUUUAGAUUUUAGUCUGUGGAUGAAGAAGGAGAAGGAUAAGGAUAAGAAGAUGAUGAAGACAAAGAGGGAAAAGAAAGGGACAGCUAACAAAAGGAGAGCUUAGAAAGCAAAGCGAAUGCAUACUAUAUAAAUUUUAAUAAUAUACAUAUAUAAUAAAUGUAAUGUAACUUAUUUAUAAAAUCGCAGAACACAAACUGCAGACACACUCACACACGAACACAAACAAACGCCCUCACACGUACACAUACACACCCAUACAUCAGAAGAAAUUGAGGAAAUAAAGCUCCCCCUCCUCGAGAGGAUGAGAGAGCGAUCGGCUCCAAAAUUUGUGAGCAAUCGAUAAUUUGUAUAUUCAAUUGUUAAAUGCUUUUGUAAAGUGCAUAACAUACACUCUCACACACACAAACAAAUCGAUGAGCAACACGUUCGUGUUGAAGUUUCAUGUAUUUGUUGCUAAAACUUUGUCACAUUCAUUUUGUGAGAUUUCAAUAUGAAAAAAACACACAAGCAAGCAAAAUGCAAAAUAACAUAACAAUUUAAAUGAAUAGUAAUAGAAGCAGACUACAAAUUAAAAACCAAUGUCUGCCUACAUUUUUUGUUGUAAUAGCUUUGUAAAGAAAAACACAAUUUGUAAAUGAUUAAGGAAGUUUAUCGACUGUAAAUUUUAUAAUCGAAAUGAAAUGAAAUGAAAAAAGCGCAUGACGUUCUGUUGUGGAACAAACAAGUAAAGAGAUGAGUAGACAAGAGAAGCAAGGAGAAGGUGAGGAAAGUAUAAUGAUGAUGAUUAUUAGUGUAGAAUUGAAUUGAACAGCAACCAUUUCAAAUAUAGAAUUACUAUGAUCAAUAUAAAUAUUAAUAUAUAAAUAUGAGAAAAUAAUGAGAAUCACAUAAUGUAGCAUGUAGACUAAAGAGAGUGUGCGGAAGAAAAAACAAAAAAAAUCAAAGCCGGGAGCACUCACUCACCCCUUACGCUCAUACUUCAUUCACACUCACACACCUACACCUACACCCACAUUCACAGACUCAUACUCAGACAGACAGUCAAUACACAGACACACACACAGAACACAACAAUCACGGACUCUUUAGCGUUGCGUUUCGCAACAAUUUCACGUCGCCUUUGCGCUAUGUAAAAAUUUUGUACAAAAUAAACAAAAAGAAAAGAUCGAAACAAAGAAGAAAAGAGAAAACAAACACAAAAAAUACCAAUGUAAAACAAUGUAAUAUUUUUUGUCAAUUUGUUCGCAUGUAAAAUUUGAAUGUUUUGUAAAAUUCUCAUUAAUUUUAAUCAAAUUGCUUGCAAUGUAUAAAACAAAAACUAAAUAUCGUUAUAAAAUCAAAAAGAACACACAUACUGCAUACAUAUACAUACAUAAACAUAAACGCGUAGACUCAUACAAGACUUUCACGAUUGAUUGAAAGAGUAUUCGCAUGCAUUGUAGCGAUUACACAUAUAUGUACACAAUACCAACUACUAUCAACUAUACACUUCUCUGUAUAUAUAUAUAUACACCCACAUAUAUGUAUAUGUUUAUAUGCAUUCAUAUUUGUAUUUUGUAAAUUGUUUCGUUUUUAAGUCCACCCUCAUUAUAACAAGCAUUGUAUUUAUAAUUGUAGAAACGCGCUGUUCUGGGCCGUCGAACCGAAAACUUUACUUUAGCCACUAAGAUUUAACUGAUUACCGAUUUCUGAUUAUCGUUUAUUACGUCUACUAUUUACUGCAUAUAAUUUUUUUAAGUUUCUUUUAGUUACGGCAAUUGCAAAGACCUUUUAAUUUUUUUAAACAUGCCACACAAUAUACAGAACCAAUCUAAAAAUGUGAACAAAUUUCAAUAAAUCAAUAUCGAAACAUUUAAAAUUUUAAUCAAUUUGUUGAUUCGAACACAUUUUUAAUCAACCCAAGUUUAGCUAAAUUUCACAUUUACUUAUUGUGCUUCGCCUAUAUAGGCUUUGCACGCAAUGGUAGUCAAACUGUGCGCAAGCAGUGCGGCGCGAGUUGAACUGCUUGCGUAAUUGUUAACAGUUGUGCGGCAACUGGCAGCAUUCAUUCUGAUGCGUAUCUCAUAUAAUUUAUUGUAAAUCUAUAAUUUGUAAUUUUUUACAUAUGCAUUAAAUAUUAAACUGUACAGCUUGAAAUGCAUUCUGGGUGCGAAAAUCCCUUAAACUGAUAACUCCUACGUGUAAGUGUAAAAAGUUGUUUUAAAACUGUUCACGAACAAAUUAACACACAUCACACAUUUGUAAAUUGAUGUAUCUAUGUGCAACUUACACUCUAAAGGCAUACCACAUCCAUACACAUACAUGUAUUAUAUAAAGUAACAAUAUUUGUACAUUUUGAUAAUAACUUUUGAAAUUUCCCUGGCGCCUUAUUCAAAACAUAAUGAAACCAAACAAGGAUCGAAACGAAUUUAAAUUCAUUAUAAUUUAUUUAAGGCUUUUCUCUAAAUUGUAAACUAUAAAAUUGACUAAAUUUCAAUUAGCGCCGUUAACGUUACUGUCGUCAUUGCCGUUGUUGUCAUAUGUUUGUACAUACAUAAAUAUAAAAGGAAGCUUCGAGCUCUUGUAAUUUUGUGUAAAUUUUCCCUUAACCCAUUUAAGCUCCCCUCCUCAUCGUUUCCACUCAGACCAAGAGAAUGCAUUUCAAACUGUCGUCGUAUAUAUGUAUACAAAUAUCGGUCAUAUGAAUUUUCAUUAUUUUUAGUUAUUAACUAAUUAACUGCCUGUCUACAGAGCGCAAUGCACUGAUAAUUUUAAUUUGCAUCGAUCAUAAACUUUCAAGAAACAAUAAGAAUACUGUUCAGAUAUAUGUAUAACUUACAGUCUCAAACACACACCACAAACACAUAUAUACACAGCCAUUAACACAUACAUACAUACGUACAUAUAUGCAAAGGCAAGAGAACACAUAAAGCUGCUUAGAAGUAGAAGUUUAUAUGUAGGUAUAAGAAGGCAUACGAUCAUACGACGACUCUUAUACACGUAUAACAAGCAUACAACGUUUUUAAAUAUAUAUGUAUAUGGAUAUGUAUUUGUAUAUGUACAUGAUUAUAUGUAAUGUGUGUAAAGAUUGAAGUAGCACAGUUACAUACGACUAGCGCUAUAUUUAUACAUAAAUAUUGCUAGUUUUUACAGCAUAUGAAUAAAAUAAAAGUACCCCAUUUAAUAAAGGUAAUAACACAAAUGUAAACAAUGUAACUUAACUUAUACAGCAAAUUGAAAGCAAAUCGUAGUUUAUACAUCAAAGUAAAAAAGCAAAAAAAAAACAAGCAACGUUUUUAUAACAAUUAGUUUGGGCUAUAACAAAAAUAACGAAAAAGAACCCCGAAAA